AUGAAGAAGGGGAUGACAUGGAUAGCCCUGGCGUCUCUGUUUUUCAUCCUCGUGUCCAUCUCCACCUUCUGUCUGGAGACCCACGAGUUCUUCAACCCCAUCGUGAACCGCACCGAGCUGGAGCUGGUGGACAACGUAACGGUGGAGCAUGUGUACCAGGAAACGGAGACGGUGGUCUAUCUCACCUAUAUCGAGGGCGUCUGCGUGGUCUGGUUUACCUUCGAGUUCAUGAUGCGAGUCAUAUUCUGUCCGGACAAGAUGGAGUUCAUGAAGAAAGCUCUCAACGUUAUCGACUUCGUGGCUAUCUUACCGUUCUACCUGGAGGUCGGGCUGAGCGGGCUGUCGUCUAAAGCAGCUAAGGAUGUUCUGGGGUUCCUGAGGGUGGUGAGGUUUGUCAGGAUCCUUCGUAUCUUCAAGCUGACCCGUCACUUCGUAGGCCUGAGGGUUCUGGGUCACACGUUACGGGCUAGCACCAAUGAGUUCCUCCUCCUCAUCAUCUUCCUCGCUCUCGGAGUCCUCAUCUUCGCCACGAUGAUCUACUACGCCGAACGGAUGGGAGCAGAUCCGACCGACCCGCGCGCCAGCGAGCACACACACUUCAAAAACAUCCCCAUCGGAUUCUGGUGGGCCGUUGUUACCAUGACGACCCUUGGUUACGGCGACAUGUACCCCCAGACGUGGUCGGGCAUGCUUGUCGGAGCGUUGUGCGCCCUGUCGGGUGUACUGACCAUCGCCAUGCCCGUCCCUGUGAUCGUCAACAACUUUGGAAUGUAUUACUCCUUGGCCAUGGCGAAGCAGAAGCUACCAAAGAAGAAGAACAAGCAUAUCCCGCGAGCACCCCAACCAGGAUCACCCAACUACUAUAAGACCAGCAUCAACUCUCCUCCAACGCCCCCUCUGACACACGAUGACGUCUUCAAAGUAAAGUUUCCAGAUUCCAAGCUGGAGGCGGCCAACGCAGCUCUAGCCAAUGAAGACUGUCCUCAUAUAGACCAGGCCAUCUCGCCAGAGGAGAUCUUCAGCCCCAGUGAGAGAGAACGGCCUUGUUGUCUCAUCACCACAGCUGCAGAACGACCCAACCACAAAGGGGGUAGAGUCAGGAGGGACGCCAGACGGGUCAUUAAAGACGCCAGACGGGUCAUUAAAGACGCCAGACGGGUCAUUAAAGACGCCAGACGGGUCAUUAAAGACGCCAGACGGGUCAUUAAAGACGCCAGACGGGUCAUUAAAGACGCCAGACGGGUCAUUAAAGACGCCAGACGGGUCAUUAAAGACGCCAGACGGGUCAUUAAAGACGCCAGACGGGUCAUUAAAGACGCCAGACGGGUCAUUAAAGACGCCAGACAGGUCAUUAAAGACGCCAGACGGGUCAUUAAAGACGCCAGACAGGUCAUUAAAGACGCCAGACAGGUCAUUAAAGACGCCAGACAGGUCAUUAAAGACGCCAGACGGGUCAUUAAAGACGCCAGACAGGUCAUUAAAGACGCCAGACAGGUCAUUAAAGACGCCAGACAGGUCAUUAAAGACGCCCCUCAGGUCAUUAAAGACGCCAGACGGGUCAUUAAAGACGCUAGACGGGUCAUUAAAGACGCCCCUCAGGUCAUUAAAGACGCCAGACGGGUCAUUAAAGACGCCAGACGGGUCAUUAAAGACCCCAGACGGGUCAUUAAAGACGCCAGACAGGUCAUUAAAGACGCCAGACGGGUCAUUAAAGACGCCCCUCAGGUCAUUAAAGACGCCCCUCCAGAUCCAGCUACUCUGGAACUUUUCACCUUUCCCAUUGAAAAACAAUAUCCCAAGUAA